AGUUCUCUGAUGUUUGUUGUUUUACUCAUGAUACCCACUCGUCUGUAUUGAUAAAUAAAACGUGAGGUUCAGACUUCUUUUUUCGAUGUUGUUUAUAAGGGGUAGAAGUCAAUGAUUGGAGUACAUACGUAGAAAUUUCCUCCAAUUUUUUUUCUCUAGUUUUUGAGGUUAAGAAACGGCUUUGUCUGCCAAUAUUUUGGACGAUGGAGAGAGGAUAAAGCAAGAAUUGAGAUACACUAGGAUAGGCCUGUCCAGUGGUAUUACUCGCUCUUGUCAAUCACCAAACAGUAAAUAAAAGUGAUUGGAAUAUUUUAAAUCACGUGUCAGCGAUUCCAAGGGACAUCUAGAAAGCUGUCCUGUUAUAUUGUGAUAUACGAGGAUGUGACUGGUGAUUUGAACAGUUGGAGAGUACGUGAGAAGAUUCUGAUGGUGCAAUGGCUAAUGUCCAGGAGGAAAAUGAUCAAAACGAGGGCAAUGGCUCGGACGAAACAUGCUGCGGCAGGGCAAUUUUCUGUCACCCAGUAAUCCGCAACAUACCGGUAAACCAUGCAAUCUCAUCGUGCCUGGGCGAAGCAAUCACGUGGUCAAGCAUCCUAUGGCUAUUAACCUCCCUGUCAAUAUUGACAGUUGCCUUUGGGACAUUGUAUGCUCUCAUUGGACCACCUAUGGCACCAGGUGGAAGUAUAUUCGGACUAUUCUGGUUAAUAGUAUCCUCCUACGCUCUCGGUUGGAGUCUCGCGUACAUUCCAUAUCUCAAUAUACCACCUGUAUUUGGUAUGCUCCUAGCCGGUAUGAUUUUCCGUGGUACUGGAAUUUACGAUAUACAUGAGGAAAUUGGAGCCCGUACAACUGGAAAAAUUCGGACUCUAUGUCUGACAUUUAUUAUGAUACGGGCUGGCUUGCAGCUUACGACAACAGCUAUUCAGAAACAUCCGUAUUUUUUGCUUUGUCUAGCACUUAUUCCAUGCACAGUGGAAUUUCUUACUCUUGGAUUGGCGUGUAAAUUUAUUCUGGAUUAUCCCUGGGACUGGGCAUUUCUGACCGGAACAAUCGUCGCUUGUCUGUCACCAGUGGUGACAGUGAACUGUAUUCUAGCACUGGCAGACAAAGGCUACGGUGAGGACAGAGGUAUGGCGACACUCCUCUGUACAGCAGCAUCGAUCGACGAUGUUCACAUAGUUUCACUUUUUUCCGUCUGUUACUCAUUCGUCUUUACAGGUGACAUUUUUCUCAUUACAAUUUUUUUUUCUCAUCCUAAUGAAUCAUUCCAUCAUGUAAUAUGUUAUCCAGACCAGGAUGUUCAUGGCUUUUGGUCAUACGUGCCGGGAGGUGUACGUGAUCUUCUGCUUGGUUUAACCGUGGGUCUAGUGCUUGGAUUAAUUUUUGCUUUUUUGCCCCACAGAAAUACGAAGUAUGUGACAUGGUACAGAGCGAGCUCGCUCAUCCUGGGAUCUCUGAUGUGCACCAUAGGUGCUUCAAAAUUUGCUGUUACUGGUGGUGGAUACUUAGCUACAGUAUCAAUGUCCUUCGUAGCAGCACGGGGUUGGAAACUCUUGUCAGGUAUAACAUUCGACGUGACUCCACUACGUCGUGUAAGCCAUUUUCUCUGGCACUUUAUGCAGCCAGUGUUGGUGGGCAUCAUUGGAGCGGAGAUUGACUUUACCCUGUGGUCACCCCAGAGAUUUGGCCUGCAUGUGAUAUGCAUAAUCAUCGGUCUAGUUGCUAGAAGUGCUUUCACCAUUCUGACGACCUAUCGCACCCCUUUUACACUGAAGGAACGAGUUUUCGUGGCAUUAGCAUGGUUACCGAAAGGCACACUUCAAGCAGCACUCGCGCCGAUGGCACUGGAAGAGGCUCGUCUUAUAGACGAUGAAAAGGAAAUAUCCCUGGCCAUGGACGUCGUACGUAUAUCAGUCGUGGCCAUUGUCUUUCUGGCGCCACUGGGUGCCAUUAUUAUGAUGGUAUCAGGACCAUUGCUAUUAAAUCGUCUCGAAGAGGACGAAAUUAAUCGAAACAGGGAAUUGAGUUUCCUCAGGUGGACGAGUUUGCAACCAGUAUACAACAACAGACAGAGGAAUUCUUCUUUGAGAAUUCCGUCAUAAUUCAUUCCAAUUUCAUAAAAUUAAUUUCCAGAAUUACCGGACGCGGUAGAGUCAUAAAAACAACACAUGAGUUUUAUUACGUGUCCAAAGAAAUAACUGACUUCAAAUCACCACUGAUUCUACGUUUAUUUCGCUCUUUGAUUGCUUGUCAGUCUCCCAAAAAUAUAUUGAAGUGUGGAAAUGAUUUGUACAUUGUGUUUCAAUUAAAUAUGGGGCAAAAUGGUUUCAAAAUAAAUAGUUGGUAUCGGUAUUUUUUCUACUCGCAAACCCAAAAAAAAUUCAUCUCAAAAGAUUCAAUGAUGAGGAAAAAUAAUGAAAUAAAGUUGUUGAUACUGCUUAAUUUUUUUCGAUUCGUGCGUUUAACCUCCCUCUCCCUCCCCCAGGUUCUUAGCCCAAAACUUCAGUCUGACUUGAUUGAUUGCUGCAUAGAAAAGUCAUUAAAAAUAAUGACAAAAGUGAAAAAAC